AAACAAUAACCAAAUCCCUCUCCCUCCAAUUUUACCUCUUUCUUGUUCGUUUCUUUUACAAAUCCCCCAACCUUACUGGGAAAUCACCGCGAUACACAGGAUCGUCAAACAGAGAGAGAGAGAGAGAGAGAGAGAGAGAGAGGCAUAGUGAGUUCAAUUCUGCUUCGCCACAAACCAGAGAAGGAAUCCAAAUCCUCCGCCAACGGCAACGAUGAUAGCGUUCCUCGAGCGAUUCGUUCAUGAAAAUGAAACUGAAACAAGACCAGGCGACGACGACGAUGCAAGCCUAUUAAGAGGCCUCGAGUUACAAGGCACAAUAGAUUUCGUCCGCACCGCUGCUGCUGCCAAGGAUUUCGGCGGUAUCAUUGAAGCAAAGCCGCUAGCAGUCAUCAGGCCAGCCUCCCGAGAAGACGUAGUAAGAGUAAUCAGAGCGGCUUCCAGGUCCGCCCAUCUCACGGUCGCUGCAAGGGGUAACGGCCACUCCAUCAAUGGACAGGCUAUGACGGACAGAGGGCUGGUGAUCGACAUGGGGUCCAUGGAAACUCAGAUUGAGGUGGUGAGGUUUGGCGACUCGGCUUACGUCGACGUCGGAGGGGGAGUGCUGUGGGAAGAUGUGCUCAAACGGUGCGUACGGGGCUUCGGUCUGGCGCCCAGGUCUUGGACCGACUACCUUGGCCUGACGGUCGGUGGUACGCUAUCCAACGCCGGGAUAAGUGGUCAAGCCUUUCGCUACGGACCACAGACAUCGAAUGUAACGGAACUAGAGGUCGUAACGGGUAAAGGAGAUAUCUUAGUUUGCUCUGAGACGCAGAACGCGGAACUAUUCUUCGGGGUUCUUGGCGGUCUCGGUCAGUUCGGAAUCAUUACCAGAGCCAGAGUUCCGUUACAAACCGCUCCAGACAGGGUGAGAUGGAUAAGAUUAGUGUAUGUGGAGUUCAAGGAAUUCGCGGGUGACGCCGAGUUCCUGAUAACUCGGCCGGAAGGAGAAGGUGAGUCGUUCGACUACGUGGAGGGAUUCGCUUUCGUUAACAGCGACGACCGGGUGAACGGUUGGCCGUCGGUGCCGCUACGGUCAGACCAACGGUUCGAUCCUAGUUUGAUCCCUGGAACCGCCGGACCCGUGCUCUACUGUCUGGAGCUUGCCUUGCAUCAUCACAACAUGAACAACAACAACGACAAAGACGACGAUCCCUCCACCGUGGAUGAGGUGAUGGGGCACAAUCUUGGACGGCUGAGAUUUUGUAGGGAUCUCAAGUUCGAGCUGGAUACUAGUUACAUGGAGUUCCUACUGCGUGUGAAGCGGGUGGAGCAAGAGGCAAAAGCCAACGGCAUCUGGGACGCACCUCACCCUUGGUUGAACCUCCUCGUCUCCAGCCGGGACAUCCUGGAUUUCGAUCGCCUCGUCUUUAAGAACAUCCUCAACCAUGGGAUUGGUGGGCCCAUGUUAGUCUACCCUCUACUCAGAAGCAAGUGGGAUGGCCGGACGUCGGUGGUAUUACCGGAAGCUAAAAUAUUCUAUUUGAUCGCAUUGCUGCGGUUCGGUCCUCCGUGUCCAAAGGGUCCGGCCGUGGAAGAAUUGAUAUCCCAGAACAAGGAGAUCAUCCAGUGCUGUAUAGAUCACGGGUUCGAUUUUAAGCUCUACCUCCCCCACUACCGAUCAGAGGAGCAAUGGAAGUUGCACUUUGGAGAUCAAUGGUCCAGAUUCGUCGAGAGGAAGGACCGUUUUGAUCCGUUGGCCAUCCUGGCGCCGGGACAGAAGAUCUUUUCCAGGACCCACCACCCGUCGCUCUAAUUAAUUUUUAAUUCAACUUAUCUAUUUAUAAGAAAAAGGAAAAAAAGCAGUCCAUAUCUUGUCGUCGUCUUCAUUUAUUGUUGUUGUUGUCGUUAGUUGUAAGAAGGUAACGGUGAUAUGACGAUGAAAUCAUUUGUUGUUCUCAGUCAGUUAUUUAUUAUGAAUGCAAGAAUAUGACGUUGAUGAGGGUGACUUAA